AUGUCGAUCUCUACACCCGAACUACCAGAGACACCUAACACUCAGACUGUAUCAUCUGACAGUACACCUUCCUCAGGGCCUGGAAGUGCUGCUGACGUUGUGCUAAAUGAGCAGACCCCAUGCUUUACUGCCACAGACCUCAGUCUAGUAGAGAUGACGGAAAUUGAGUAUACCCAGCUGCAAAACAUACUGUAUUCACACAUGGAGGCUCAAGCCAGUGAAGCAGAAUUUGAAACCAGACCGAACUCAGCUUUUUUCACAGUGAACAACCCUCCUAGUCUUCCUCAGUAUCCAUCCACCAACAUAAACCAGAGCAGUUUCACAACCGGUAUUUCAGGAGGACACCCUGUGACAUGCCAGUCUGCAGCUUCUGAAAGCAAUGUACAAAAUAAUUCCAACCAGUCACUAGACUUUCAGGAGUUGAGGAUGAUGUUAAGUGAGGACCAUCUGCCUAAAAAUAAUGUAAACAUGGCUGAUACCUCAAUGGGUUAUGUUGCAGGGGAUCCCUCUGGAUCUAACUUUGCUAGAAUGCAACAUGCUGAUAAUGCUGGAAAAACAAAUGAGGAUAAAGAGAAUGUACCACCUGUUCUUGAGACAAGACCUAAAUCCUCUGUUCGUGUUCGACUUGAGGAUAGAUUCAACUGUAUGCAGUCAGAAAUACCCAGAUGUCCAGAAUCACAGGAGUCUGGAGUUAACCCAAACAACAUGGCGCCUCUCGUGCAACACUCACCUGAACUAAUGUGCAUUCCACAGCAGAGCAAGUGUUCAACAGUAAUGAAAAACAAAGCUGCUGCACCUACAACUGCACUUCAGUUUACGUAUCCGUGUUUUUCAAACAACCCUUAUUCGGCUGGAAACAGCAGUUCCUCACAAUCCAGUAAUACUAGAAGCUCUUACCCUUUGCUGGAGGCUGUUAAGCACCAGGAAAUCCCAAUACCUGGGACAUUUUCCUUUUGCUAUCAGCAGGAAAUUGAGUCCACAAAACAAGCUUUAGCAUCUCGGGCUAAAGCAAUUCCUGAGCAAGUAUGGAUUAAAGUGGGAGAAGCUUUAUGCAAACAGUCAGUGAACAAGAGGAGUCAUGGAUACAUACCACAGUUCGACAGCAGUAUGGAACGGCAAUUUCCUAGAGAGAUACAAAAUACAGAUGCUCAAAAUCCUGGACCAGAGAACACUUUGCAAUUUGUGCAAACAAAUGUGAGUGAGAAGGUUUCAGGCAUCCAGCAGGGAGCGUCUUCUCAGCGCAGAGAAAAACAUAAUCGUAUGGAGAGAGAUAGAAGGAAAAGAAUACGAAUUUGCUGUGAUGAAUUAAACCAUUUAGUACCAUUUUGUAACACAGAGACAGAUAAAGCAACCACUUUACAAUGGACUACGGCUUUUCUGAAAUAUAUUCAAGAGAGACACGGAGACUCCUUCAAAAAGGAAUUUGAAAAUGUAUUUUGUGGAAGUACAGGACGGAGAUUAAAAGUAGCAUCAGAAAUGUUAAGAAAAGAUUUCGCUCUGGAGAGUUCUGAAUGGAAAUGA